UGCAGUUAAAUCUUGGUUAAACUAAAACAAAGUUUAUCUAUAACUGGGUGUGUCCAUAGAGUAGUUCACUUCACUGACUUGUACCGAUUCACUUAGCACUUUUAGUUGCUAAUUAAUUUUCCCCAAGUGUGUUGUGUGAGUACCAACAGGCAUAGAGGACUCUGCAAACAAAACAUUAAAACACUGAAUAUAUAUUAAAAAAAAAAAAAAACAACAAACCAAAAACAAAUCCUGGUUCCAAAACGUUUUUUUUUUUUUUUCCAGUGAGGGGAAGUUGCCUUAUCUAUACAAAUUGAUGGUGAAAUCUGACUUGGCCAGAAUUAACUUAGGAUGUUACUAAUAUUUUCUUGCACAGGAAUUUAAGCUCUGAAAGCUUUUAGAAAAGUGUGCAGAUUAAUUUGCUCAGUAAACCCAGCUGAUGGUCUUACAUCUCAUUGGAUUUUAGGACCAUUUACCUCUAGUAACAAAACCAAACAUUUUGAGUGACAGGCAUAGAAAAAAAAGCAGAUAAUCUAAAACAGGUGAGCAUUCAGCUGUUUGGAAGCUGGUAUGAACAGUGAGGUUUUCAAGAUGCGAUUGUUUGGGGUCGUAAUAUUUUCACAAAAUUGAGUGACACCUUAGUUGCAAAAACUGUCCAUUAUGGUUGAACUUAUGGCCUCUCUCCCUCACAGUUGUGUAUGUAAAUGCAGCAGAUUGUAAGGGGGCCACAGGCAGCUGAAUGGAGGUCCUGCAUUUCUUGCUCUCCACUGCCUGUUAUGGAUAAAACAUUAAGCAGAGGAUCCCUAACACCCUGUACCAUAUUGUAUCUUGGUAAGACAGUGCAAGGUCUUUGUUGAAGCAGGAGUUAUGACUAUUCUUAUUAUUGCAGUCCUCAUGGUCAGAAAAGAGCUAGCAGCACUUCAGGUGUUAAAGUCUUCCACAAUUCCAGUUAUGAAGUUGCAUGAAAAAUCUACCAUGGGUUUGUUCUGUAAGUUUUUAAAAACUUAAGGUCAUUCUAGCAUUACUGCGUUAAUGGCACUGACCUAAACAACUUCUUUCCGUUACUUUAAUAUUCAGUCAGUAUUUCUAGCAAUUCAGCUCAAUUCCCUUGGUUUGAAAUACUGCUUGACAUUCCCUGUUCUUUUUUUAGUGGUCUCAAUGUGUCAUUUUUCUGAUGUUUCUCCUGAUGGUGUGGUUUAUUUUGUGCAUACAUUGGGCUAAUGAUUAUUGGAGUAAGAGUUUAAAACUUCUGCAAGUCCUUUAUGAGGCAAAUAAGAAUAUGUACAAGUGUCUUUACAUUAAAAUGUCUUACUGACGGAUAUGGAAUUGUUCCUGAGUUCAAUAUGUGAAUUGUUUGAAACAGGCUGCAUUGCUAGGUUUAAUGAGUUGUAGAUGUAAUCUCUUUUUUCUUAAAUCGAGUUUUUCCCCUUCUUUGUGUCCACGUGAAUAGUUUACAUGAACUUUUCUUCACUAAGGUUUGAUGCUACACCAGGAUUGGGGUUAUGCACAAUAUUAACAAUACAGCCUGAAGUGUCAUACAUCUGUGCACUAGAGGAUUAUCUGCCAGUAGCUUCUAUGAUCUGAACCAAGUGUGAACAAUUUUUGGAAAAUUAGCUCCAGCAGAUGUCAUAGGCUGCUUUAUAAUGGCUAUAGGAGGAAGAAGUGUACACAGUAUGGUACAAAUUUUGUCAGGAUGAAGUCACUACUAUGAAUUUUUUAACCUAUUUUGGCAGUUAGAAUGAAUACAUAGGAGCUGACUUAAAAACCUACGGAGAAAAGAGUUCUGCAGAGGCUUGGCCUCAAUCUUGCAUUUUGGAGAAAUGUAGAAGAGAAAAUCUAUGUUUAACAUAAGAUUUGAGAACAGUCUGUUUGAUCAAGAGUGAUGAUUGAUGGUCAUGCACACACUGGGCUCUACACUACUGCAGUGUAGUAAAAAAUUAUUAAAUACAAUAUUAAAAACAUGAUGCAUCCUGCCUACAAAGACCUCACCAAAUCCAAUGCAUUGUGACCUUUAGAGGUAAUGAUCACUAAAUUACGACUUUCUUUUUAGUGUUUUUCAGCUCUAAGCAUGUUCUGUUAGGAUACCUAUGCCAGCAUAUUACCUGUUCCCAGUUUCAUUACAUGGAAGCCUCACUAUUUCAUUCUCCUUUCUUACUUCUGAAAUUGCUGCCUCCAUAUCUUAGCCCUGCCAAGAACAGCAGUCCCAGUGGUGAGGACCCCAGGGCAGUGCUCCUGGCUGUGCUCAAUUGACUCCACUUCGACAAGCCCUGCUCAGAGCAAUCACAGCUUGAACAAAGUUUACUCUUCCCGUGCUGCCUUUUGCCUGCAUAUGAACAUCUGCACCUGAAGUGCAAUACUGCAGUGAUUUUCAGGCAGUAAGGAGUGCCCACAGUACUGACAAAGUACCAUUCUUACAGGUGCUGUUUAUAUUUCUUUCUGAGUAAAUCAGGCACAGUCAGUUGGAAGAAAAAUGUUGCAGAUCAAAUCACGUCUGUGCAGAAGCUGUGCCAGCAUGCACUGGCUGGGGAGGGAUCAGACCUUUGCACUUCCAGAGCUACAUAGGCAGAACCUUACAACUGUUAUUGUAUUUCAUUGCUCUAAAAGCAGUACUUGCCAUUCUUCACCCCAGUGCUUGCUUUUCUUAAUUCUGUGCUAUACUUUGCUUGAAUGUCACAUGAAGGUAGGUCUGGUAGUAGCAGAUUCACAGGCAUUGGCAUAGCACAGUUAAGGGCUGAAAUGAAUUGUAAAAUGAAGAGCAUCAAAAGUUUGUAAUGAUUAAUUUGCAGAGGAAGUUUCAGAGCCUUCAUCAGUCUCUGGUUGCAGAAAUGGUAUUUUUUGUUUUGUUUUUCUAGUGGUUGGUGACCCUGCUUGUGGCAGAGGGGUUGAAACUAGAUGAUGUUUGAGCUCCUUUUCAACCCAGGCCAUUCUAUGAUUCUGUGUUGUUUGUUAAUCCCAUCGUAUUGCCAAAGUAUUUACCCAGCUCCCAGUUCAGUGCAUUUUAACUGUAUGUAAAGCAGAACAUCUUUGAUAAUAGCAAUUUGGAUGAUGCUCCUCAAAAUCCGUGCUGAAUUUUUACUUCUUGAUACAAAUAAACCCUAAGCAAUAACAAAUUAGGAAGUUUCUUUCGUUUUCCUUUUUAUUUUAUUUUCCUUCUUCCGUUUUUAGAAGGUGGGGUGGCAAAAGUUUAUUUUCUUCAGAAGGCAAUGAUUUGUUACGUUUUCUCUCACACCACCUCGUGUACCUCAGCUCACUCCAAAACUGACUCCUGCUUUUGCUCACUUGAGUUUUUCUUUAAAAUGUUAUUCCACUGACUCCUCUAUAAAUGCUGAAAGGUUUUUGUGUUUUUUUUUUAAUAGCAAUAUUUAUAAUAACAGUAUUUUCAGGACUACAGAUAAAAUUUUAAAAGAUACCUUUAUUUAGUACAUUAAUUAUGAAGCUGUAUGCAGUGUUGCUCAGCUUUUCACUUGUGUGUAACUGAGAUUCUCACAGAGAGAAAACUGGUUUCAGAGUGCUUGGAGAAAAGAGGUGCUCGCACUGUUAUUUCCUGAAAAAUGACUCAUCAUUUCUUUUUUGUCCUAGCCACACUUUUAUUCAGUGGUUGCCACAUAAAAACAAAUCAUCCCCAUUAUGUCCCACUAAGCUUUUGUCUCCUGAAUGUUAUUUGUAUAGCCUGGUUAGCAUUCACAAACUGAUAGCAAUUUGUUCACUCAUACCUGUAGUGCAUAUGAUUUUAUGGGUGUAUUGAUUAAGUAACAGCUAUAGCGGCGUUUCUGAGCAUGAAAAUUGGCUCUGUCACCCUGUACUAAAUAUUUCAGUUGUGUUUCGUGCCUUUCAGAGUAACGAUAUGAACAUGACAGCACUGUCACAGGGAGCAGGGAACCUGGGUGGAAUCUCGUGCUGCAGCACAAAUCAUUAAGUGAAAUGAUGCAUGUGUGACAAAUUAAAAAAGUCCUUGGUUCAGCCAAGGAUUCAAACCUACAGAUCAAAGCUCACAUUUCUGCAGAAUCUAUGGGACUAGAACUAUCUUACAGACUUUCUUGCCAUCUGGGGAGUUUAAUCGCACAAGUUACUGAGGCUGAGUCAGGUUCCAAACAUAUGUAUGUGUGUACACUUAGAUUCAGAAAAGGAGCCCACAGAUAUCACUUCUGUUGUCUGAGGAGAGCUGCAGGUAUGCUUUUAACGACAGUGGAGCAUUCUGUGCAGUUGUACAGUCUAAGAGCUGCCCUCAUUCUGGGGCAGAUGUUAAUGAGGUUGCAGCUCUGCUGCUUCUUAUUUGUAAAUGCUGGGUGCCAUGCAAGGCUGGAGGUUUUUGGCUGUUACUUACUGCUUAUUUUUUAGGAACCUACUUUUGUCUGCGUAGUUACAAACAAAGUUGGAAAUUAGCUGAGAAAAUCAUUACAUCUUUUCCUCCUUGGAAAUUCUGCUAAGUGCUUUUGUGACUUUUUGUACCAGUCCUGCAGCAAAGAGGAAGCAGCCAAAAAAAAAACAAAAAAAAAAAAAACCAAAAGAUUUCCCAUUUCAGUUCACCUUUUUAAGCUCUAAUGAAAGGUUUGAUUAUUAAGCUUGAUUGCUUUUUUUUCUCGUACGAUUAAUCCAUUUACAUCAAUAAGAUUACCCACGUGAGUACCCUGUUGCAGAAUUUGCCUCUAGUACUGAGAUUGCCUAGGGGGAAGUACAAGGAAGUUGCAAUUAAAGUUACAGAAGGAAAAGGAGGUCUGACCUUUUCUCUUCUUUCCCUUUUCUUUCCCUUUUCUUUCCCUUUUCUUUCCCUUUUCUUUCCCUUUUCUUUCCCUUUUCUUUCCCUUUUCUUUCCCUUUUCUUUCCUUUCUUUUUUCUUUUCUUUUCUUUUAAAGUAUGCCUGCUGUUUCAUUGACAAAUGACAAUAGCUUUUGCUCUAUUAAGUGUUACCAGCAAGAGAACAAAACUGCUUUUAUUUAAAAAGAAACAAAAACUACACGCUAAAUCUUUGGUGUAAAAGGUAAAAAGAGGUGGGUGUCUGAUUAGGGGUUGUAACUUCAAGGUACCUCAGGCUUUCUUUAUGUGCAUCACAUUAGUGGAAAAUUCCUUUGUUCAUUUUAGAAGAUAAACAGUUGUAAAUUUCACGUUUGGUUGAUGUAACAUCAAUGACUGGCUGGGACUGCCAGCAUUCCAAAAGGGAUAUCAUCCUAAUCUGCAGCCACUCAGGGCCAUGGGGCGGAGCCUGCAGUCCAAGCCAAAACACUUACAGGUGCAUAAGUAAGUAGGGAAGGGCACAGGUGAUGCACCUGUCUCAGGAAAGGAGCACUAGCACAGGUGUGUCAUAACUUAUCAGCUGCCUGUGUUAGAGCAUGAGCUCCUUUGAUCCACAAACGCACUCUCCACCACGCUGCAGCCCACAAUUUCCAAAUAUUGGUCAAGAGCCUCCAGAAAUGAAUAUCUACUAUGAGAACUUCUUCCAUCCACAGAAUAUUCCCAGUCCGCAGCGACCGAGCACCUUUGAGACAACGGACUACAACAGCACACCCAAUCCUUACCUCUGGCUAAACGGACCUUCCAUUACUCCACCACCGUAUCUCCCGGGAUCCAAUGCCAGUCCCUUCAUUCCUCAGUCUUACGGGAUGCAAAGGCAGCUCCUGCCUAACAUGCACGGCUUGGGAGGAACUGAUCUUGGCUGGCUUCCUCUCCCAUCCCAAGAAGAGCUUAUGAAGUUGGUUAGACCACCUUACUCCUACUCUGCACUUAUUGCCAUGGCUAUCCAUGGAGCACCAGAAAAGAGGUUGACUCUCAGUCAGAUCUACCAGUACGUGGCUGACAACUUCCCAUUUUACAACAAAAGCAAAGCUGGCUGGCAGAACUCAAUUCGGCACAACUUGUCUCUCAACGAUUGCUUCAAGAAGGUGCCUAGAGAUGAAGAUGAUCCAGGAAAAGGGAAUUACUGGACUCUGGACCCAAACUGUGAGAAGAUGUUUGACAAUGGCAACUUUCGCAGGAAGAGGAAAAGGAAAUCAGAUAUUGGGGCUAGUUCUGCCCAUCUUACAUCUGAGAAAUCCGAGGACAGUGCCUUGACUGGCAGCCCCAAAGCUGUAGAGCAUCAGGAUCUUUUGGAAAACUCAUCAUCUGGGACUGACAAUGCACCCGAUAAAGGAUCUCCGCCUCCAUCUUCCAGCAGUCCGUGCCUUAGUAAUUUCAUUUCCAGUAUGACGGCAUACGUUAACGGCUCUAAUUCAGUGGGCCGCUCAGUGCCAUUGGGACUUAAUGCUGAACCCACUGACAAAAUGGGACAGAAUAUGGUAGGCUUAAAUUCCUACUCUCCGCUCUCUAAUGUCCCCAGUCAUGGUGUGGGAGAGUGGUCCAAUUCUAUGCCUCCCAGUCACCUUGGCUAUAGCAACUCAGUGCUCAACCAGUUUAACAGCCAUUUUUACAGCAGUAUCAGCACAAAUAACACUCUGUUUUCCAGGGAGGGGACGGAGGUUUAAAUAAGAGAUCUUAAGACAUCAAAAUAUAGCUAUUUAUGAGAGGGAGUGACCAGUGGGUGGAUGAUUACUGUUAGUCUGUUAUCUCUAGGACCUGCAUUGUGUCCUACCUUCUGACAGCCCCAAACAUUUUAGCUGUUACCCUUACUCAAGUCACAAGCACUCCACAUUUGGCAGCUCCAUAUAAACAUGGAGAGAUUUUAACAGCAAGAAUAGUGAGGAGGUCUGCUGGAGGUUGUGUCUGUACUGCUGCCAACCAUGGCCCCUAUGGAGAUCCUUGAGAGGAAUUACUGUUCGCCUUAGGAAUGUAACCUUCUGGCAAGGUACUAACUUGGCUAUGAUGCUUUUAAAGCACUAAUAUGUAUUUGGCUAUAUCUGUAAAUUACCUCUCUUGCUCAUAUAGGCUGUCUGUACUAGAGAUUCUUGGUAUUUUCCUAUUUGGACAAAGCUAUUCCGAGACACUGAAGGAUCUACAGCAAAAACAACUGCAUAGUGAGUAAUAACUAGCAGGGAUGAGUGAAUGCCUUCUUUAAAUUUCUCUAACACUAGAGCAUACGUUGCCUCAACUCUGGUGCUGUUUCACCCCUAAGGGGAAUGUGGUUGUGAAGCAGGCUAGCAUAAUCAAGGACACAACAUUCAUUUUGAAACUGAAACAAAGCAUAACAAAACAUGGAGUUGCCUUCUGCUGGUGCAAUCGGAUCUUUGUGUUUUAAAUUCUGAGUACAGGGUCAAAUUUUGUGGCAAACGUCUCUGUACUACAUAUUUUCUUUCUUUUUGUAACAAAGUCCAUGCAAUUGUUUUGUCAUUGUGUAAAUAUUAGGAAUAAUUCUUAUUUUUUUAUAUUCUACUGUAACCACAAACAAAAAUUAAAAUAAAUGAAGUUUUUUCAAACCAAUAAUUGAAUCAAGUUUCAUACUUAUGUAAAAUAAUACCUCAGACUGUAGAGCCUGCAACAUAUGCAGGCACCACGUUUUACUGGUAUUUACUUUUACACUGCUGUGCACUGAUCAGACUUCCAGAAUGAUGGAAAACAUAUUAAUGCACUGUAAUAGCUACUGCUUUGUCUUGAUUUCUUGUUUUUAACUCUGGAUGGAUACAGUUUUGUUACAGGCCAUCCCAGAAGCAUUUUUAAUAAAGAAUU